CGAAGAUGGCGGCGGUGACCGCGGGGCCCGUGCAGCCCGGCACGAGCCGCCGGUGAGCGCCCAGCGCGUCCCGAGUGGCCGCGGAGCUCCGUCCGCCUCUUUCUAAACAGAUCUUUCCUCCCCGCCGCAUCCCGGCCUACCCUGCAGACGCCAUGGAGGACGAGGAGAGGCAGAGGAAGCUGGCCGCGGGCAAGGCGAAGCUUGCUCGGUUUCGACAAAGAAAAGCCCAACAUGAUGGGGACGUUCUGAAGAAACAGAAGAAGAAAAGAACGUCAGGCUCUAAACAAGAUUCAGGCUUACACACUGAUCAGCAGAGUGACAAGAUCUGCUCGGACAGUUCUCCGAGGGUAGAUUUAGCCGGGAAUCCUGAUUCCUCUGGUGCAGACGUGACAAAGCACGACCACACCUUCUCUGCUGAACCUGAAAGUGAAAUUUCUACCACUGCAGAUGAAUGUAGCUCUGAGAUUAAUGGCUGCAGUUCUGUGAUGAAACCAGGAACGCCUACAGAUACCUUAAGGGAAGAAGACUUUUCAAUUGAUGAUUCUUACCGUGAACAAGGCGCUCACUCCAGUCAGACGUGUCUGCAGAUGGUGGAGAGUGAGCUGGCUGAGAAGCAGCACGGCAUUGACGACCUGACUCAGGAGCUGGAAGAGAUGAGGGCCAGCUUUGGGACCGAAGGGCUGAAGCAGUUACAAGAGUUUGAAGCUGCCAUUAAACAGAGAGACGGCAUCAUCACUCAGCUCACUGCUCACCUGCAGCAAGCAAGAAGGGAGAAGGACGACACAAUGAUAGAAUUUUUAGAGUUGACAGAACAAAGCCAGAAAUUGCAGAUUCAGUUCCAGCACUUACAGGCCAACGAAACUCUGCAAAACAGCACUCUUAGUCGAACUGCGACAGAUUUACUGCAGGCCAAACGACAGAUCUUUAGUCAACAGCAACAGCUGCAAGAUUAUCAGAAAAAGGAGGAGGACUUCCAAGUGCAGAUUUCUUUUUUACAAGAGAAAAUUAGAGCGUUUGAAAUGGAAAAAGACAGAGAAGUAGAAAACUUAAAUACAAAAGAAAUACAGGAAAAGCAGGCAAUCAUUGACGAGUUGAAUACCAGAGUAAUAGAAGAAGAGAAGAAAACGGUGGAGUUAAAGAAUAAAGUAACAACUGCUGAUGAGUUACUGGGGGAGUUACAGGAACAGGUUACAGAAAAGGAUCAGGAGAUCAAAAGCCUGAAACAACAACUGGUCAACUCUCAGCAAAAUGAGCGAAAGUGUUCAGAGGAAAUCAAAGAGCUGAUGAGGACAGUUGAGGAACUCCAGAAGAGAAACCUUAAAGAUAGCCAGCUGGAAACCGACACUGUGCGAAGGAUGGAAGAAGAAACCCAGCGGAAGUUAAGCCGUCUCCAAGCGGAACUGGACGAGAUGUAUGGGAAGCAAAUAGUGCAGAUGAAACAGGAGCUGAUAAAACAGCACGUGUCUCAGAUGGAGGAGCUCAGAGCCCAGCACCGCAGAGAGAUGGACAGCACCGGAAAGUCGCAUGCAAACGCUGCAGUCAGCAAAGAACAAGUAAAUGUAAUGAAUGCGGCUAUAAAUGAACUCAAUGUAAGGUUACAGGAGACUCACGCUCAAAAGGAAAAACUCAAGGGAGAGCUUGGGGUAGUUCUGGGAGAAAAGUCAGCCCUACAGAGUCAGUCUGAGGACCUCUUAGAAGAGGUAAGGUUUUUAAGAGAGCAAGUUCAGAAAGCUAGACAGACAAUCACAGAGCAAGAGAACAGGCUGAGUGAGGCACGCAGGGCCCUGAGCACCGUGGAAGACCUGAAAGCCGAGAUCGUGGCCGCCUCCGAAUCCAGGAAGGAACUCGAGGUCAAGCACGAAGCCGAGAUUACAAAUUACAAAAUAAAACUUGAAAUGCUAGAAAAAGAAAAAAAUGCUGUGCUAGACAGAAUGGCAGAAUCCCAGGAAGCAGAGCUGGAGAGGCUUCGGACACAGCUCCUCUUCAGUCAUGAGGAAGAACUGUCUAAACUAAAAGAAGACUUAGAAGUUGAGCAUCGAAUAAAUAUUGAAAAACUGAAAGAUAAUUUGGGGAUUCACUACAAGCAGCAGAUAGAUGGCUUACAAAAUGAGAUGAACAGGAAGAUGGAAAGUAUGCAGUGUGAAACAGACAGCCUAAUAACCCAGCAGAACCAGUUAAUUCUGGAAAAUUCAAAGCUACGAGAUUUACAGGAACACCUUGUUAAUUCAAAAUCAGAAGAAAUGAAUCUUCAAAUCAAUGAACUGCAAAAAGAGAUUGAAAUCCUCAGACAAGAAGAAAAGGAAAAAGGUACCCUUGAACAGGAAGUUCAGGAGUUACAACUUAAAACUGAGCAAUUGGAGAAACAACUGAAGGAGAAGGAAGAUGACCUUCAAGAAAAAUGUGCACAGCUUGACGCAGAGAACUGCAUUCUUAAAGAUGAGAAGAAAGUCCUUGAAGACAUGUUGAAAAUGUACAGUCCUUCGGACCAAGCGCAAAGAUCAGUUGCUGUCGAUUCUGUCACGCGCAAGCCGGAAGACCUGAGGUGGCAGGAAGCAGAGCUGCUGAGGAAGGAGAAGGAGGCCCUUCAGCAGGAAUGCCUUCGUCUAAAUGAAGAGAUUGAGAAGCAGAAGAAUACAUUUGCAUUUGCUGAAAAGAAUUUUGAAGUUAACUAUCAGGAGUUACAGAGGGAGUAUACUUGUCUUCUCAAGAUAAGAGACGAUUUAGAAGCCACACAGAGCAGGCAGGCUUUGGAAUAUGAGAGCAGGCUGAGAGCGCUGGAGGAGGAGCUCCACUCGAAAAGAGGAGAGGCAGCCGUGCCCAAGGGGAAGAGCUCUGGAUUUGCUAUGGACCAAACGUUCCCAGCGGAGCCGCUGGACCUCGGGGACGUUGUAGAAAAGGAUACAACAGAGCUGAUGGAGAAGCUGGAGGUAGCGCAGAGGGAAAAGUUGGAGCUCUCGGAGAAAGUCUCUGGCCUUUCUGAACAACUAAAGCAGACACAUGGCAUGCUCCACUCCCUAAGUGCAGAGGUUAGAGCCUUAAAGCAAGAGAAGGAACAGCUUUUGUUAAGAUGUGGAGAACUAGAACUCCUCACUAACUCUAAGGGACCAGGACAUGCGGCUGUCUGCCCUGCGCAGAGGAGUUCUUACCAAGCUGGGCCUGUGAUAGGGACGGCCGGGGAUUCUCAGGGAUCUCCUCCUAAAAUCAGUGAAGAUUUGGCUGAAGAGUCAAAACCAAUGAUAGAAGAUAAAAUUCCCUUCAAAGAAAGUGGGAGAGACCAGUUGCUUUUGCCAACAAGAACAAAAAAUCCACCUCAUGCCACAGUUGAACCAUGUGAAAGUGAAAAACUCCAGCAAGAGCUUCAUGCCCUCAAAGCCGAGCAGGAUGACCUGCGGCUGCAGAUGGAGGCCCAGCGCAUAUGCCUUUUUGUGGUUUACUCCACCCAUGCGGAUCAGCUUCGUGCCUACUUGGAAAAGGAGCGAGAAGAAGCGCUUUGCAGCCUUAAAGACGAGCUGGUCUCCGCUCAACAGAAAAAGAUCGAGGAGCUCCAAACCGUACACCAGAGCCAGCUCCAGAAGGCCACGGAACAGCAGACAGGGGAUGAGCCUCUACAGGCGCUCAUUGAACGGCUCCAGAAGGCAGUGUCUCAGAAAUGCUUUCACAUUUCAGAGACCCUAAACAAUGUUUUCGAUGAAUGCCAUACUCCUUUAAAAUGUGAAAUGACUAGAGAAGAGAAAGAGCAUUCUGGUGUUUACACUUCUCAGAAUCAAAGCCCAGAAUUACAAGAGUAUAGAUACGAAGUUCAAGACUUUCAAGAAAACAUGCAAAUCCUUCUUGGUAAAGUAACGGAAGAAUGCCGCAAGCUCUCGGGACUGCAGACUCGCUUAGGCAAGAUUCAAGAACAACCAACAGAUGGUGUGACACUCGAGUUUGCUGAAGAAAAUGUGGCAGACGAGGAAGCAAGUCUUCUGUCAGGUCGUUCUCAGAGUGCUUUACAGAGCACGGAUGUCAGUCAUGACAGCAAGGUGUCUUCUCUGCCGGCGAGAGAGGAAAGUAGAGAGCAUGAGGGGCAAGCCCGUGAGCUACAGAGCCUUGUGGCUGCCGGGCCGCUGCAGCUGCAGGAGACCGAAGCAAACUACAGAGCGGAAGUGGAGAGUCUGCAGAGAAGACUCCAGGCCGUCAGUGAGGCUCCACUUAAGCCAAGCUUACCCACGGAUUCAGUGGAGCUUAAAGGAUCUGGGGCCGAGAGGCCAGUGUACUGUAGAAGCUGUCUAAGAGAGCGUGGGGACGGCACAGCAGAGUUUUCUGAUGGAUUGAAAGUGAGGCAAGAAACAAAUAUGGUUAAGUUGAUGGAAAAACAGUAUCAAGAACGAUUGGAAGAAGAAAUAGCUAAGGUCAUUGUAUCAAUGAGCAUAGCAUUCGCUCAACAGACUGAACUCUCCAGAUUAUCUGAGAGGAAAGAAAGUGCUAGACAAUCAGAAGAUGAACCUGCUCUAUGUUCUCAAAAUGAACACCAUUUAAAUGACAUCACAUCACAAAGUCAAGUUGGUCUUCAGACUUUUGAAGCAAUGGACAAGAAUUUUAAAGAAGAAUUUAAACCGCUUAGCAAAGAGUUAGGAGAAUAUAGAAAAACAGUUCCUUUGUCCAAUCAUGAUCGUGAUGCUAUACUAAAGUCAGAAGAGCAUGGACUGACUAUUUCAGAAGAAAUAUUUUCCAAAGAUGAAACAUUUAUAGUGAGAAAAUCUAUCCAUGAUGAGGUGUUGGGGUCAAAUAUGGAUCCUUCUAGACAGCUCAUCUUAAAUGAACAGUUGGAAGAUAUGCGGCAAGAACUUGUACGACAAUACGAAGAGCAUCAGCAGGCAACAGAAAUGUUGAGGCAGGCACACAUGCAACAGAUGGAGAGGCAGCGAGAGGACCAGGAGCAGCUACAAGAGGAGAUCAAGAGGCUCAGUGAGCAGCUCACCCAGAAAUCCUCCAUAGAUACUGAGCACGUGGUUUCAGAGAGAGAGAGGGUUCUGUUAGAGGAGCUGGAAGCCCUAAAGCAGCUGUCUCUAGCUGGAAGAAAGGAGCUGUGUUGUGAGCUGCGCAGCAGCAGUACGCAAACACAGGAUGGAAAUGACAAUCAAGAAGCUGAGGAACAGACAUUAAAAGACAAAACAUUGGAGAGAAAACCUGAAGACGUGCCUCUCGAUAUAAACCUGUCCAAUGAAAGAUACGCUCUCAAAAAAGCUAAUAAUAGACUUCUGAAGAUCUUGUUAGACGUUGUCAAGACAACAUCAGCUGCUGAAGAAACAAUUGGCCGCCAUGUUCUUGGGAUUCUGGACCGAUCUAGUAAAGGUCAGCCAGCUUCCAGCCUGCUCUGGAGAUCCGAAGCAGAGGCAUCUGCUGCAACCUGUGUACAAGACGAAUGUGCAAGAGCUAUGGAUGAGUCCAUCCCCUCUUAUCCUGGAAGUGCCAUAGCAACACAUGACAGCAUUUGGUCAAAAGUCACCGAGGAAGGAGCAGAGCUGUCACAGCGCCUUGUGAGGAGUGGCUUUGCUGGGCCUGUCAUAGAUCCUGAAAAUGAAGAACUUAUGCUGAAUAUCAGCUCUCGACUACAAGCAGCGGUUGAAAAACUCCUGGAAGCCAUAAGUGAGACCAGCAGUCAGCUUGAACAUGCGAAAGUUACACAGACAGAGUUGGUGCGUGAGUCAUUUAGACAAAAACAGGAGGCAGCAGAGUCACUCCACUGCCUGGAAGAACUGCGGGAGCGCCUUCAGGAGGAGUGCAGGGCCAGGGAGCAGCUGGCUGUGGAGCUCAACAAGGCCGAGGGUGUCAUUGAUGGGUACUCGGAUGAAAAGACUCUUUUUGAAAGGCAAAUUCAAGAAAAAAACGAUAUAAUAGAACAUCUUGAACAGGAGUUAUUAUGUAUGAACAGCAGACUGCAAGAACUCGAGUCAGACCAGCGCCGGAUGGAAGAGGAGCGGGAGCUACUGUCCAGGCAGAGGGAGGCAAUGCGAGCAGAGGCUGGCCCCGUGGAGCAGCAAUUUCUGCAGGAGACAGAAAAACUGAUGAAGGAAAAGCUAGAAGUACAGUGCCAAGCCGAAAAAGUCCGUGGCGAUCUUCAGAAGCAAGUGAAAGCUCUAGAAAUAGACGUCGAAGAGCAAGUCAGUAGGUUUAUAGAACUGGAGCAAGAGAAAAACGCCGAGCUCAUAGAUUUAAGGCAGCAAAGCCAAGCACUGGAAAAGCAGCUAGAAAAAAUGAGAAAAUUUUUAGAUGAGCAGGCCAUCGAUAGAGAGCAUGAGAGAGACGUCUUCCAGCAGGAGAUACAGAAGCUAGAGCGCCAGCUUAAGGCUGCGCCUCGACUCCAGCCUGUGAGCGAGCACCAGACCAGAGAGGUUGAACAGCUGACUAAUCACUUGAAGGAGAAAACCGACAAGUGCAGCGAGCUGCUGCUCUCCAAGGAGCAGCUGCAGCGAGAUGUGCAGGAGAGGAAUGAAGAGAUCGAGAAGCUGGAGUGCCGGCUGCGGGACCUGGAGCAGGCCCUGCUGGCCAGUGCAGAGCCCCUCCCCAGGUUAGAGGACCAGAAAAGGUCUGGAGCUAUAGAAGCGGACCCAGAAUUAUCUCUAGAAGUUCAGUUGCAGGCCGAGCGGGAUGCCACAGAUAGAAAACAGAAAGAGAUCACCAACCUAGAAGAACAGUUGGAGCAGUUUCGGGAGGAGCUGGAGAAUAAGAAUGAAGAGGUUCAGGAGCUUCUCAUGCAGUUGGAAAUCCAGAAAAAGGAGUCCAGCACCCGCCUGCAGGAGCUCCAGCAAGAAAACAGAUUAUUUAAGGAUGAAAUAGAAAAACUCGGGUUUGCCAUGAAGGACUCAGGUUCUGUAUCUACUCAGGACCAGCCCAUGCUGUUUGGCAAAUUUGCACAGCUAAUACAAGAAAAGGAGAUUGAAAUUGACCGGUUAAAUGAGCAGUUUCUAAAUCUCCAGCAGCAGCUUAAACUCACAGCAGAUAACAAGGUCAUUGAAGAACAGAAGGAGCAGAUCCGAGAUCUGGAAACCAAGAUUGAAUGUCUGAUGAAUGAUCAGGAACAUGCGAACAAACAGAGAGAGGAAGAAAGAGAGCAGCUCAACGGUGUGAUUGAGAAAUUGCAGCAGGAGUUGGCCAGCAUUGAGCUGAAGGGAGAGGACAUCACGGCCCUCCCAGGAGACGAGGAGAGCCUUAAACAUCAGCUGGACAAGGUGGUUACUGAAAAGCUGGUUUUAGAACAACAAGUAGAAACCACCAAGCAGGAAAUGACGUACAUGAAACAUGGACUUAAAGAAAUCAAUUUCAAAAUGGAUCAGAUAACACAAGUACUGUGUAACUUGAAAAAAGAAUGUGCCAGUGAUAAAGAGCUUCCAGGUGAAGCUAUGAGUGACCUUGGCACAGAAGAUGCCCCUGCCCAGGAUGCUUUCAAGCCUCUAGACAAUCAGGCCUCCCUUGUGUGUCUUCAAGAAAGUACUAAAGCGUCUAGAAUACUAGAAAUGAAGUCACUACCACUGGAGAGGUGUGUGAGUACCAAGGACUUUGAGCUUACCCAGUGUCAUAAACAAAUAGAAACCAUACACGAGCAAGGCCAGUCUGAAAUAGAAGCGCUUCAGAAGAAGAUCCUAAACCUGCAGGAGAUCCUUGAGAAGUUCGCUGCUGCCUUGGCCAGUCAGGUCCAAAUGGAGGCAGCUCAAGAGUGUGUGCAGGUCCACCAAGAAAAGCAAACGGUUUCACAAGCACCCAAAAGGACAGACACACAGAAUGUAAAUGGUAUGACAGAAAACAGCGUGGAGCCAGACGCCCCCACACUGGUCGUGAGACUAGCUGGGUCAGAGAGCCGUGUGGCUGAAGUGCAUGGUGGCACAGAGUCAGGAAAACUUGUGGGAACUUCGGAGAGAAGUGCUUCAGGGACAGAUAAGAAAGUUGUGGAGCCUCAGAAGCUAUUAGAGGAGGCCAAGAGAAGGCUGGAAGAGGACGGAGGACGGAGCCCUAGGGACGGGGAGACAACCGCAAAGCUAACUCACGCUGGCGGACAGAGUGGAGUUUCCAGUGGACUUGACGCUCUGGAGGCUGAGUCGGUAGCCACCUCGGAACUCACCAGUUAUAAAGAAAGGGCAGAGAAACUUGAAGAAGAUCUUUUGGUAAAAGAAAGCUACAUAACAUCACUUCAGAAAGACUUAGGCCAAGUUAAAGAUCAACUCACCGAAGCCAAGGAGAAAUUAUCCUUCUUCUUAGAAAAAGAAAAUAGGACUGGAGGACAGGAAAGCAGAACGGGCCCCAUACCAGAGCCCCCUUCUGUCGACAUCGGUGACUGCACUGGACCCACACACAGAACAGAUGAGGUCAGCAGCAGCAGUCGGACCCCGCAGAUCCUUGUUAAAAAUGCAGGGGUUCAGAUCGACUUACAGAGCGAGUGCUCCCAAGAAGGAGUCAGAGACACCAUCAGUCAGCUUACUAAAAGAAUGCAGCACAUGCAAGAGCUACAUGCUGCCGAGGUUUUGGAUAUGGAAUCCAGACAUAUUUUAGAAACCGAGUCUUUGAAGAAGGAACAUUAUGAUGCGAUCCAGUUACUGACUAAGGAGUGUGAGACCCUGAAGGAAAUGACCCAGUGUCUGAGAUGCAAAGAGGGAUCCUCCAUUCCUGACCUGGCAGAGUCUGUUGCUUAUCAAAGCAGAGAUGUCUACUCCAGUGAUUCUGAAUCUGACUGGGGUCAAAGCCAGGGAUUCGAUACAGCAAUAGAAGGCCAAGAAGAAGGAGAAACUUCAGCAGAUUUAUUUCCAAAGAAAAUAAAGGGAUUAGUGAAGGCUGUCCACAGCGAAGGCAUGCAGGUGCUUUCUCUCUCAAAUCCCCUCUGUGAAGAUGGAGAGGACCAGUCCGUGCAGCAGCUUGCGGAAUCUCAGCUGAAAGAGAGACAAGCUUACCUCAAUACCAUCUCAUCUCUUAAAGAUUUAAUUUCUAAAAUACAAGUGCAAAGAGAAACUGAGGUCUAUGACAGUUGUCAGUCUCAUGACAGCUUCUCAGACUGGAGAGGUGAACUGCUGCUUGCCUGUCAGCGUGUUUUUGUAAAGGAACGUAGUGUUUUACUAGCUACAUUCCAAACGGAACUGACAGCUCUCAGCACUAGAGAUGUGGAUGGAUUGUUAAACUCUUUGGAACAGAGAAUACAAGAACAGGGCAUUGAGUAUCACACAGCAAUGGACUGUCUGCAGAACGCAGAUAGGAGGAGUUUGCUGGCAGAAAUAGAAGAUCUGCGUGCUCAAAUUAAUGGCAGGAACACAACUCUGGAAAGAGAACAAGAAACUGAGCCCGCCAGCCAAGAACUCCUGGACUACAGUAUGCAGCAGAAGCAGUCCCACGUCCUGGAAAUGCAACUGGAACUCAGCAGCCUGAGGGACAGAGCAGCCGAGCUGCAGGAGCAGCUGAGUUCCGAAAAGAUGGUGGUUGCGGAACUGAAAAGUGAACUUGCACAGGCAAAACUGGAAUUGGGAACAACACUCAAGGCCCAGCAUAAGCGCUUGAAGGAAUUGGAAGCAUUCAGGUCAGAAGUUAAAGAGAAGACGGAUGAAAUUCAUUUCCUUAGUGAUACAUUAGCAAGGGAACAGAAGAACUCACUAGAGCUGCAGUGGGCUCUGGAAAAAGAAAAGGCCAAAUCAGGACACCACGAGGAAUGGGAAAAAGAAGAACUUGAGGAUCUGAAAUUUUCACUCGAGGAUCAGAAACGGAAAAAUACACAGCUAAACCUCCUUUUGGAACAACAGAAGCAGCUACUGAAUGAAUCUCAACAGAAAAUAGAGUCACAGAAGAUGCUGCAUGAUGCCCAGUUGUCAGAAGAACAAGGCCGCAGCUUAGGGCUUCAAGCUCUGCUGGAGUCCGAGCAGGUUAGGGUUCAGGAGAUGAAGAGCACCCUGGACAGGGAGCGGGGACUCCGUGCCCAGCUGCAGAGCCGCGAGGACGGCGGGCAGCCCCCGCCAGCCCUGCCUUCCGAGGACCUACUUACAGAGCUGCAGAAACAACUGGAGGAAAAGCACAGCCGCAUAGUAGAACUCUUAAGUGAAACUGAAAAAUACAAACUAGAUUCCCUGCAAACAAGGCAACAGAUGGAAAAGGACAGGCAGGUUCAUCAGAAGACACUGCAGACAGAACAGGAGGCAAACACCCAGGGCCAAAAGAAAAUGCAGGAGCUGCAGUCCAAAGUGGAAGAGCUGCAGCGCCAGCUCCAGGAGAAAAGGCAGCAGGUGUAUAAGCUGGACCUGGAGGGAAAGCGACUGCAGGGCAUUAUGCAGGAAUUCCAAAAGCAAGAGCUAGAACCGGAGGAGAAGCGGGGAAGCAGAGGACUUGUGUGCCACAAUCUUCAUGAGCCAGCCUCCUGGGACUUCCCUGACGAUCGGACUAGAAACUGGGUUCUUCAGCAGAAGAUGGCAGAGACCAAGGACGUGAACUUCACAAAGCUGAUUGAAAUAAACGGAGGCGAACUUGACCAUAGUCAGGACUUGGAAAUGGUCAGACAGACACUUCAGCAUGUGGCUUCAAAACUUCAGCAUGUAGCCCAGAAAGCCUGCCGCAGGCUACAGUUUGAAACAGCAAGUGAUGAUGCAUUUUCUUGGAUUCAGGAGAAUAUUGAUGGAAUUAUUUUGCAACUACAGAAACUAACUGGACAGACAGGUGAUGAGCACAGCUUAGGACCCCCCAGUUCUUCCUGUGGCUCCCUAACGGAAAGCCUAAUGAGACAAAAUACUGAGCUAACAAGACUCAUCAACCAGCUAACGGAAGAAAAGAACACCUUACGGAGCAUCGUCAUAAAGCUACAGGAGCUGAACAGGUGUUGCUGGCACACGGGAGCAGGCAGAGACUGUUGUUCUAGGUUUUCAUUUAUUGAUCCAGCUGACAUCGAAGCCAUAAUUGCUUCAGAAAAGGAAGUCUGGAACAGAGAAAAGUUAUCUCUUCAGAAAGCCUUGAAAAGGGCAGAAGCCAAAGUGUACAAGCUCAAAGCUGAACUACGAAACGAUGCUUUACUCCGGAAUCUGAGCCCUGACUCUGAGCAUGCCGCCCUGCAGAAAAUUUAUAAUAAAUACUUGAGAGCUUCAAGUUUCCGGAAAGCUCUCAUAUAUCAGAAAAAAUACCUGCUGCUGCUCCUGGGAGGGUUCCAGGAGUGCGAAGACGCCACCCUGGGGGUCCUUGCCCGAAUGGGGGGACACCCAGCCUUGAAAGAUCCCAAGACUGUCACCAACCACCCGAAGGGGUUCACCAGGUUCCGCUCCGCCGUCAGAGUGUCUAUUGCAAUCUCAAGAAUGAAAUUUUUGGUGCGGCGGUGGCAGCAAGUGACAAGUGCCAGCUCCAUCAAUAUUAACAGGGACGGCUUCGGACUGAGUCCAGGCAUUGAAAAGACUGAUCCAUUCUAUCAUUCUCCUGGUGGGCUGGAGCUAUAUGGAGAACCAAGACAUACAGCAUACCGCUCAAGAUUCGAUCUGGACUAUCCUCGGUCUCCCUUACCAUUGCAGAAUAGGUACCCGGGUACUCCAGGAGACUUAAAUUCUAUUUCGAUGGCUUCUUCUCAACUUCACCAGUACAAUCCUGAUAAAUCUCUGACAGAUUACGUCACUCGGCUAGAGGCACUGAAAAGGCGACUUGGAGCUAUACAGCCAGGGUCUACUACUCAGUUUCACUUUGGCAUGAGGAGAUAAUCCUUUGAAACAUUAAUUGAAUAUUAAAUAGAUUCCCUUUUGUAAAUCAAUGGCUCUUUUGUGCUUUUGUAUUGUGAAUAUUCAAGGGGACCAAUACAUACACAGCUUAUGAUUGUAUACAAAUCCUUAGCAGCACAUGAAGACAAACUGGAGUGUGUGUAUAUAAGCAUUGUGUGCGUGUUCAUGCACAGUAAUCAUUAAAUUACAUGUAUAUUUGUGGAAUGCUAAUUUAAAUGAUUAAAUUAUAAACUUUGUGUAUUUAUCAGGUGGGUGACGGAUUAAACUUUUUCAACUGACAGUGCUGCUGGAUGAGUAGCUUGCAGUGUCCUGCGCUUUUCUUAUAAAACUACUGAGUUACAUGUUUCUGCUUAAUAUAUUUGCUACUGGUGAUGAAGACAACAUAUCACUUGUAGAGACCUAUUUUUGUAUAAUGGUCGAAGUUUUGAACUUUAUGGGUAUUUUGUCAAGUACUGAAAUAAAAAGGCCUCACCAUUGUCACCGCA